AUGUCUUCAAAGGUUUUUGUUCCCAAAAAAAUAUAAUAAUCAUUCAAAUUGAGCAAUUAGAAAAAGAAUUAAUGCAAAGAAGAGAAGCAAGCAAGAAAGUUUUAAAAUUUGUCGUAGGGUAGUGUGUACGCAAUAUUGCGUCGCGGUGUACUGUUUUUUUCCUGGGUUUUUACGCAGAAUUUUUUUGAAACCAUUUUUUUGAUUUUGUUGUUCUUUUUUUGUUUUUCUAUGAUUUUCUGCAAAAUUUUUUUGCGUUUUAAUAGCAUUUAUGUGUAUAGGGGCUUGAAAUAAUUCAUCCGAGUCAAAAAUUUUUCUUGAAAAAUCCAACUUUUUUUAGGCGAUUUUCCGGUCAAUAUUAAAAAAAUUAUUUAGGUUUAUAUUUUUUUCGCAUAGUUUUUGUGUGUUCUUGGAACCAUAUUUUUGAUAAGUUUAUGAUUAAUUAAAAGUUCAGUGCGUUCUAAACUUUAUUCGAAUUCCUGAAGCUUUCUUUGUCAUGGGAAGUGUUCAAAUGACUCAUUUUAAAAUUGUUCCUUCUCAAAUUUUUAAAUUUUUAAAAUUAUUUUUCAAACGUCCCAGAGGUCUCUUAACUUUGAAAUUUAUUGAAAAACAUUUUUAUUUCAGAAAACAGCACGAAUGAUGAAAGAAAAGGGUCAGAAAGUGAAGGAAGAAGAGAACGACGAAGUUCUGGCCGGUUCAGGCGACCACAAAGACAAGGAUCAGUUCUCCGGCUGGGCUGGGGUAUUGCUCAGGAUAACCGAUGAUUGCUGAGUAUCACCAGCUUUCAGACGUACCCAAUGACUCCUGAAGAACAAUUCGAAAUGAUGCUGAUCGGCGUCGUUGAAAGCCACCAAAGUGUUUAUAACAGGUUUAUUUGGAGUUGAUUUGUUGUGUUACUGUAUCUCUCAAUUACGGUUACAGUAUCCUCAGAAGCUGGUCCAGUUUAUGAGAAAGCAAGAUAGUGGGAUUGAAAACUCAAAUUAUGGUUUCUGAUUGAUUUUUGUUUUUGAAAAAGUCCUGGAUUUUUUAAAGUUAUUAGAAAAAAAAAAAUGAAAGAGAGACAGUAAUGAUAAAGUUACAUUACACGAAAAAAAUAGGAUAAAAAAAUUUUUUUUGCCAAUUUUCGGCUCGUUUUUUUGAAUUUUUUUCCUUUUCCCGCCAAAAAAAUUUUUUUCAAAAACUGCUUCUUGUUUUUUUCAGUAAUUGUGCCAUUACGGCGAUUUUUCUCGAAUGAAAUUUUUGAGAAAAAAAAUUUUUUUAUUAAAGAAAAUCAAAGGAAGAGCCCCUUUCGCCCCUGUUCUAGGCGGCUGGUAUACGGUAGUUUAGAAAGUACUGUAUUUUAAAAAAGUGUGGAUUUUACUAUUUUUUUUUAUGAUCUGACUUUUCUUGUUACCUUGCCAGAUAGAUUAUAAAAAAUUGCGAAAUUCCUAUAGGGACCAGUUGAGCUUUAGGGGCUAAGGGGUCAGACCGCAAACCCCUAGAGGGACCACCUUGAUUUCACCCCUAUAGGGACCACUUAGACUUUGGGGACUAAGGGGUCAGACCCCCAAACUUCUAGAGGGACCACUUUUUUUGGCUUCUAUAGGGGCUGUUUUUUUCUCCCUAACCCCUAAAGGGACCACUCUAGUAUUUCUAAGAGGUAAAAUUACCUUCCCUGUGAACACUGUAUCAAAAAAAAACGUGUUUUUUUGAUUAAAAAUAUGAAUUUCUUUACCCUUUUUUCUGCCUAAUUACAACGAUUAUCUUCCAGAUGCCAUCCGCUGCACAAGGUGACCGACUACCGUAACCACGUCUGGCAGGAAAUCGCGACAGAAACGGGUUUCGCCGGUGAGCCAGUCGAGUUGGAGCGCAAAUGGCGUCACAUGCGCGACCGCUACGUCCGCCUCAGGAAACAGAACAAAACCUCGAAUCCGAUCAAAGUCGGGGAUCGAUGGUAAGGGGAAGGGAGGGGCUGAUUUUUCCAAUUUUUAGAGUUUUCGCAAAAAUUAUAUGCCUCCUCGAGCAUUUCUUAGAAACUCCAGAGUGGUCUCUAUAAGGGUUAGGGCACAGGGGACGGAAAAGUGGUCCCUAGAGGGCUUAGGGUCUGACUGAAGCUCAAGGGAUCCUUAUAGGGAUUAGAGGAAGGACAGUCACUAUUAGGGCCGGAAAAGUGGUCCCUAUAGGGUUCAGGGUCUGACUUAAGCUCAAGGGAUCCUUGUAGGGAUUGAAGGGAGGACAGUCACUAUUAGAGCCGGAAAAGUAGUCCCUAUAGGAACCAGGGUGCGACUGUAGCUCAAGGAUCCUUAUAGGGGUUAGGGAUAAAACAGUUCAUAAUAGGAACGAAAAGUGGUCCCUAUAGGGUUCAGGGUCUGACUGAAGCUUAAGGGAUCCUUAUAGGGGUUAAUGAAAGAACAGUCCAUAUUAGGAACGAAAAGUGGUCCCUCUAGAGUUCAGGGCCUGACUGACUCUCAAGAGAUCCCUUUAGGGGUUAGGAAAAGAACAGUUAUUAUCAGGGACGGAAAAGUGGUCCCUAUAGGGUUCAGGGCCUGACUGACUCUCAAGAGAUCCCUUUAGGGAUUAGAGGAAGGACAGUCACUAUUAGAGGCGGAAAAGUGGUCCCUAUAGGGUUCAGGGCCUGACUGACUCUCAAGAGAUCCCUUUAGGGAUUAGAGGAAGGACAGUCACUAUUAGAGCCGGAAAAGUGGUCCCUAUAGGAGUCUUCUAAUUAUCUGAAGUAUGUGAAAAGGUGAACUUGACCGAGACACAGACAUGCUCUCCUAGAAACCCCUAUAGAGACCACUUUUUCAAGCUUCACUGGUUAUUAAGAGGUCCCUAGAGGGCAAUCUUAGAGGGUCCUUCACAUUUUUUUUUCUCCUAACUUUACCUUUUUUCAGGUAUGACUACUACAAGAAAAUGUCCUUUUUGGACCCGUUUGUCGAGCAUCGGAACCGGAAAAAGCGCAAUGAGCCGGAAAAUGAAACGAAGAAUGGUAAAGGAGUGGAAAAUUGAGCUAAUUUUAGAAGAUUUUUCUCAAAAAUUGACGAAAAUAAAGUUUUUUGAGGAAAAAUCCUAAGGAAAUUUGAGAAAAUCAUGCUUUUGUACGGAUCUUUUGAAAGGGAUGUCGAGAAAAAUGAAGAUUUUUAAGCUGGAUUUUGAAAUUUCUCUGGGAAAGCUAUGGAUUUCCAGAGAAAAUUUUCAUUUUUAGCUCACUUUUAAAUAUUUUUCCAACUUGAAAAAAUUCUUAAAGACAACGAAAUCUGCCCUGGAAAGCUCGACAACGAAAGCGAUUCCGGAGAUGAGGACACCCUCCAGAAAUUCUACGCCAGUAUUAUUAGCAACGCGACGGUAGCCAAUGUGACGGCUUCUCCGAUUCAGGUUAGCAAAAAAAAAAACACCGAUAGGAAUCGAUCCAACGACCUUUUUAGUCUGAUUUCGUUUACUUAGCCACUCUUCCAGGGUUCUGGUGAGAGCUGCUCAAAUCCGGUGACGUCAUCGCAGCCGAUGACGUCGGGCAGGAAGAGAAAGUUCGACGACGUGUCUUCUGAAGCCGAUGAGGAGGAUACUGAGGUGAGGAUCGUGGUUUAGUGGUUGAGGAUCUAGGUUUUGAGAGUUAUGACGCAAGUUCGAGUCCUGUCGAGGGAAAUUUGAUUUUUGCCGUGAAAGAGCCUUGCUGAGGUUGCUUAGCGUAAUGGUUAGAGCUUUGGACUGUGAAUAUUAAGAUCAAGGUUCGAAUCCUGCUUAGGAAAAAAACAUUUUUUUGCCAUUUUGAAAAAAUAAGUUUGAGCUGAGCUUUCAUGUUAUUUUAUAUGAACUGAAAGUUCAAGCCGGAUGACUCAGAGCCCUGAUAGCGUACUGGCUGAAUGUUUCAACUGUAUUUAUUGCUACCAAAGUUCGAGCCCUAUGGAGGGAAUCCCAAUUUUUGCCAUUUAAAAAUAAAUUUUUGGAAAACUUUCUCGAUUUCUCGUGAUCCGCUUCAGAAUCGAACUUGAGAUGAAAUAUAAAGUUAGAGGCGCAGGUUCAAUCCCUGUCAAGAAAAGCUGAUUUUUGACAUUUUGCCUCUAGAUCUUGGGAUAUUUUCCAGAUGAACAGAUUUUCAGCCAAACCCAUUUUCCAGGUCUCACUGUAUGUUCGCUCCAUCGCCAAAUCGCUGGAAGCCAUGGACGCGAGAACAUUCGCCCUGGCGAGAAUCGAAAUCUCCCGCGUACUCUUCGACUGUCAGUACGGGAACGAUGCCAAGAAGUGA